GGUCAAUCAUUGCCCGUCUGCCCGGGAAAUCAAUUUCAAAUUUGAAAGGAGAGUAAAAAAGAAUCAAACGGUCGUCUAAUAACGUUAAAAAUAACCGUAACGGGGUCCGAUACUUACCUUAAGUUAACCACACAAUAUUCUCUCCUCCUUCUCCUCCUCCUCUUUGCUCUUCUCCACACUCACCGAUCUCUCAAUAAAUUUAAAAGAUACAGUGAUCGAGCUCAAGGACUCUAACAAUGGCAGAUCUGGAUUCAUAUUGCGAAUUGAGUAACGAUGUUGUUGAUAUGGAACAAUCUAGCGAUCCCGUAGCGUUAGGCUUCUCUCUAGCAUCUCCCGAUCUAGUCAAUUGCGGCGUUUCGCCUGAUAUACCUCGAGGAAGCUACGUAGACUCGCCGGAGAUCGCUAAGAAGCUCAGAUUCUCCACCGAGCUUUCUCUGGAGAACGGAAUCGACGGACGUAAAACUCGAUCGGUUAAAUUCUCGGCGAUUAAUCAGACGUUUGAGUUUGAGCUGUCUCCUGAGUCUUCCUUUGAGCUGCCUUCUCCGCCUGGGAACGCGACGACGCCUGUGAUGAGUGUUAACUCGGGGUCUAUAAACGAGGAUGUGACUGUGGGGGAUGUGACUUUCUUGAAGGAUGAGUUUUUUAGUGGAGGUGGGACUGUGAUGACUGAUGAUGUUGUUGGCAGCGAGGAGGAGGCUUUGUUGUAUCGGACGGCUAGAGUUGGUGAUUUUGCGUAUAUGUUUAAGGCAUUGGAUCCUGGGGAUUACUUUAUUGAUCUGCAUUUCGCGGAAAUUGAGUUCACUGAAGGUCCCGCGGGAGUUAGAGUUUUCGAUAUAUUUAUUCAAGGAGCAAAGGUUAUAUCCGGACUUGAUUUGUUUUCGCAAGUGGGAUCAAAUACACCUUUUGUGAUCUCUGAUCUGAGGAUGCUCGUUGGUGUGGAAGGAGAGUUAACUGUACGGUUAGAAGGAGUGAUAGGAGCCGCAAUUCUAUGUGGCAUUUCUGUUAGGAAGGAGGCAACGGCUACUUAUGGUGGGGACACUGGAGUGCUAGCGGUGAAAGGAAAAACUGACACUGUUCUGUCUCUGCCUCCUCAAAAAAAUGUGGACUGCGGUACGGAAGAAGAGACCCCUGAGGUGAGUAGUGACUGUGAGCAGCAGAAGAAAGAGAUGGCGGACAUGAAGAGAAUGGUUGACGAACUGAAACAAGAGAAUCAACGAAAGAGUAGAGAAUGCGAAGAAGCAUUGAAUUCUCUCCGUGAGCUUCAGAAUGAGCUAAUGCGCAAGUCGAUGCAUGUUGGUUCUUUAGCCUUUGCUGUGGAGGGACAAGUCAAAGAGAAGAGCAGAUGGUUCUCUUCAUUAAGAGAUUUGACAAGAAAAUUGAAGAUUAUGAAAAUGGAGCAAAUUAAGCUGUUGGAGGAGGCAUCCACAUACAAAUCGCUAGUCCAAGAUAUCAACGUGUUCAGUUCUCACAUCCACUCCAGAGUAAAGCAUGACGCAGAAUUGCAUGAAAAUCUCAAAGCUAAAUUUGUAGAGGGAGAAAAAGAGAGGAAAGAACUAUACAACAAGAUACUAGAGCUAAAAGGAAACAUCAGAGUCUUUUGCAGGUGUCGCCCCCUAAACUUUGAAGAAAUUGAAGCAGGAGUGUCAAUGGGAAUCGAUGUUGAGUCAACCAAAAAUGGAGAGGUCAUAGUCAUGUCAAAUGGGUUUCCCAAGAAAAGCUUCAAGUUCGAUUCUGUCUUUGGUCCUAACGCUUCCCAAGCUGAUGUUUUUGAGGAUACUGCUCCUUUUGCUACAUCGGUCAUUGAUGGAUACAACGUUUGUAUCUUUGCCUAUGGCCAGACUGGUACUGGGAAAACCUUUACCAUGGAGGGAACUCAAGAUAACCGUGGUGUAAAUUAUAGAACUCUGAAGAAUCUGUUCGAAAUAAUGAAGGAACGAGAAAACCGCUACAGUUAUGAGAUCUCGGUCAGUGUCUUGGAAGUUUACAACGAGCAAAUAAGAGAUUUGUUGGUCCCUGCUUCACAAAAUGCAUCUGCAGCGAAAAGGUUUGAGAUAAGGCAAGUGAAUGAAGGAAGCCACCACGUACCAGGAUUGGUUGAAGCACGCGUGUCAACCAUGGAGGAGGUUUGGGAUGUGUUGAAAACAGGAAGCAAUGCAAGGGCUGUUGGGAAAACGACGGCCAAUGAGCACAGCAGCCGAUCUCACUGCAUUCACUGCGUGAUGGUAAAAGGGGAGAAUUUGUUGAAUGGAGAAUGCACAAAGAGCAAACUGUGGUUAGUUGAUUUAGCAGGAAGCGAACGGGUUGCAAAGACAGAAGUGCAAGGAGAACGGCUCAAGGAGACCCAAAACAUCAACAAAUCUUUAUCUGCUCUUGGUGACGUUAUAUAUGCUCUUGCCAACAAAAGCUCCCACAUUCCUUUCAGAAACUCGAAGCUCACUCACUUACUUCAGGAUUCUCUAGGAGGAGAUUCGAAGACCCUCAUGUUUGUACAAAUCAGUCCUAACGAGAAGGACAACAGUGAAACGCUAUGCUCACUGAAUUUUGCUAGCAGAGUUAGAGGGAUAGAGUUGGGGCCUGCAAAGAAGCAGUUAGACAAUACUGAACUCUUGAAAUACAAGCAAAUGGUUGAAAAAUGGAAACAAGAUAUGAAAGGAAAAGACGAACAGAUGAGGAAAAUGGAGGAAACAAUGCUCGGUUUAGAAGCAAAAGUCAAGGAGCGAGACACUAAGAACAAAACCCUUCAAGAAAAGGUAAAAGAACUUGAAUCGCAGUUGCUGGUGGAGAGGAAGCUAGCUCGUCAACAUGUAGACACAAAGAUUGCUGAGCAGCAUACAAAACAGCAGAGCGAAGAUGAAAACAACACCUCAAAGAGGCCACCACUAGCAAACAUGCUGUUGGGAAGCAACAAGACCUCAAAUGAAACAGCAUCUUCGAAAGAAACAGUGAGCACCUCCAGCUACGACCUACCUCCUUUACCUAACGGUGGCCUCAAGUGUAACGACCUCACUGAAAAGGAGAACAAUCCGGACAUGGCUGAGCGGUUGCCAAUACCAAAGAGAACAGGAAGAUUCUCCGUUGGUCCAAAACGCAUCCUACCAGCUCCAGCUCCAAGAAGGAGUACUCUUGCGCCAACGCCAUACCUCCCAAUCACAUCAACUUCGCCGUUAAGGUCAUCACGCCAAGCUACAAUCACAAACUCGCCUGAUGAAAAGAGCGGCACUAACCAAGUCCCUUGCAUCAGUCCUAAGUUGCAUAAAAGUAACGGGAAGACGCUGACCAGCAUACUGAGACGAAGCAUGCAAAAGAGAAUGCAAACAAAAUCUUCUACCCCGAGACAACAACAACAACCGUUGAGAAGAGGUGGCAUUAAUGUUGGAAUGGAGAAGGUUAGGCUGUCUAUAGGAAGCAGAGGGAAGUUAGCUCAUAGAGUGCAGCUAACCAAUGCUCGUAAGGCAGGUUUAAAAGAGACACCACUGAAACAGGCACAGAAGGAGAAAGAGAGAUGGAUCUGAAAUUAAUUAAACUGUUUUUUUUCUUCUAAUGACCUGAUGACUUAAACUUGUUUCAUUAAAUUAAAUGAUUGGAGAAUGAUUGAUUUAUUAUCAUCCUCCUGUGUGGUUUGUGGAUUUUGUUUGAUCCUACUGUAUAGUGAGUUAAGCGUUCUUUGUUUUUCAUUCAAAGGUAUGAAAUGAUUUGGUUUUCAUUCAAGAAGAGAGAGUUUCAUAACAAUGAAAAAAUAUCAUAAGCUUGGGACUUUUGUUUAUUUUCAGUAUCCUCCAACUGGAUUACAAAGUACCUGUUGUGUUGUUACGUACAGGCAUAGUGUAAAUUUACUUCGAAAAAUACCUUAGAAAUAGCUAAUCAGCGAAGCAAAGAAAAACAAAUCUUAUGAUAUGAUUAAAAACAUUGAAAAGAAUCGUCCAUUUUACAGAAAAAGAAAAAUCUCAAGUGUUUGACCCCAAAAAAUUAAAAAAAAUCUCAAGUGCAUACGUGAUUCUCAGUGAAGCAACUAAGGACCAGAGUAUAAGGACAUGUGUCUUGCAACUGUGUAAUCCUUGAUGCCGUAUGUGUGAUUCUAAUCUCCGAAAACUGAGGAUAUGGUCCACUAAUGAUAGACAUUGUUUUUACUCUUCCUUGUCUUGGCUUCCUGUCGUUCUCUGGUUAUAAAUCUUGAUUGUGAAUUUUCUGUCGUCACUUAUUUGUUUGCUUGUAGAAAUCAUUUUGUGAUUCUUGUUUUAGCUAAUAAUUUUUUUAUAAAUAAAAUUUAGAUAAACGAUUGUGGCUAGAAACAAAGAUGUUAACAUUCAUUUGUUCCUUGUUUCACUCAUUCCUUAUCUCUCUGCUCUGAAAUCUUAUCUUCUUCCCAUGAGUUAUGGUUCGUCUUUGUUUUCUAUGUUAGUUCGUCGUGAAUCGAAGUUCCGAUCAGUUACCGUAGAUGGGGAAUAAAGAGCCAAAAAAUAUUUGCUGAUAGAGAUACCUUUAGGUUUUAUUUACCACAGGAUUUUUUUUGAACUGUCACAUGCACCACACAGUUUUAAAUCUUAACCGCAGAAACUUCCUAUAAAUACCUGUACAAUGUGUGUUGCACUCCACAACUCAACUCACUGAAAAUCCUAAAAACACACACACAAAAAACAAAAAAAUAAUGAAGAAGCCUUCGGUGACCUCUUUUCUCAUCACUCUCCUCUUGUCUGCAGCUGUCUGCGCCCACGGCACUGCAGAAAUCGACGGAACUCCAGUUAAGGUCGGGGAAAGAUACUUCAUGCUACCGGUUAAGACAGAGAAUAAAGAUUGAGGUGGUCUUGUUCCAGCCGCCACCAACAUACUUCAGUCUUGUCCACUUGGCAUCACCCAAACACGUCUUCCGAACCAACGGGGCAUCCCCGUUAGCUUCCGAUAUACAGAAACGAUCGACAGAGACUUCAUUACCACAGACACCUCUAUAAACAUCGAGUUCAUGUCCGACAUCUGGCCGGUCUGCAGCGAGUUCUCCAAGUUAUGGGCAGUCGAUGACUCCUCAUCUGCCAUUAUCAUCGGUGGUAAACACAAGAGCCCAAAUAGCGAGUUUAAGAUACAAAAUGUUACGGUAGAAAAACACACUUAUAAGUUGACCACCUCAUACGGAACCGUUGGAACUACCCCACCGCUGCUACUUGUGACCAAUGAUGAGUCUAAGACCUUAGUUGUCCAGUUCGUGAAGGCUGAUGAUGAUGCUACUAAGGCUACUUCUCGUGUUGAAAAGUUAGGUCUAAGGAUGUUCCCAUUCUACUAGUCAAAGAUCAAGAUCAUGAAAUGUAAGAAUCCUCGAGACCAGUCCAUGGCCAUGAUUAAAUGGGUUAUAGAUAAUACCCGCAGGUAUAUAUAUGUGAACUCGUUUUUACUUUCGUAAAUAAAUCUCAUGAAUUUGUGUGUUUUCAGCGCUUUAUGUAAAUACCCGCACGUAUGUAUGUGAACUCGUCUUUAUUUUCAUAAUAAUAAUAAAUCAGAUAAGUUUGUGUU